GAUUUCCACCAGGAACAAUAUAUGGAGUCUUUGCUUUCAGUACUUGCUUAUGCCUCCUUCUUCUUCCUUGUCCUAGCUGUGUUCCGACGCAUCUGCCGUGUGCCGGCGCGGGUGAUCCCUCAGCCGAUCAUCGAGAUCAGCGAUGCUGCCGUCACCAGGCGCGCACUGGUUGAGUACGCCGACGCUUUCUCCAACCGCCCAAUGUCCAUGUUCCGCAUCCCUAUCGUCAAAGGUCACCGCCGCCGACGGAGCGACAACAUAAUCUCCGUGCCAUACGGCCCGCUCUGGCGCACCCUGCGGUGCAACCUCGCAGCGGAGACCAUCCACCCCACGCGCUACGCUUCCUAUGCGCCGCUGCGACGGGCGGCCAUCGACGACAUCGUCGCUAGCGUCCAGUCAGCCGCAAGCAAGGGCAGGGCGGUGGUCGUCCGCGACAGCCUCUAUGCCGCCGUGUUCUCCAUGAUUGCACGCAUGUGCUUUGGAGAAGGCCUGGUCGACGAGGCCGACGUGCGGGUCAUGCAGUGCGAGUUCCGGGAGUUCAUCCUCGCCGCCGUGGAAUCCACCUCCACGUGCGAGUCUAAGCUCUUGGGCUACUGGAGGCGACGACAAAGAGAUCCUAUCGCCUUGCGCCGCCGGCUGGCCGAGCUUUUCCUCCCUCUCAUCGAGGAGGCACGGCGGCAGUCGUCACGAUUUUGCGACGGCCACGCCCGUUCAUACGUCGAUUCGCUCAUCCGUCUCCGCGUUCCAGACGAGGACGACGACAAUGACGAGCAUCUACGCCGAGCCCUCACGGAAGACGAGAUGGUGAGCCUCGUGUUAGAAUUCCUCGGCGCCGGCACGGAGACCGUUGUGGCUUGCGUGGAGUGCACCCUCGCUCACCUAGUCACCCGGCCGGAGAUCCAGAACAAACUGCGUCGCGAGGCCAUCAUCAACAUCAAGUACGACGGUGACAACAAGUAUCCCUCCGAGUCCGAGGACGAGGAGAGAGAAAUACUCCACCGCGGCAUGGCGCCGUACCUCCACGCCGUGGUGCUCGAGAGCCUCCGCAUGCACCCGCCGACGCCGUUCGUCAUGCGCGACAUCCGCGCCGAGGGAGGAGUGGUCCGCCAAACGGCCAUGCCGGCCGGCGGUUUGCGCGUGCACUUCGUCUUGGGGGACAUCGGGAGGGACCCCAAGACAUGGACGGAUCCCAACGAGUUCCGGCCGGAGAGGUUCCUUGCCGGAGGAGAGGGAGAGGCCGUUGGGCCUCUGCCGGGGCCCAAGGAGAUCAAGAUGAUGCCGUUCGGCGCAGGGCGGAGGUACUGCCCAGGCAUGGCUCUGGGGAUGCUCAAUGUCAAGUGCUUGCUGGCAGCGCUGGUGCGCGAGUUCGAGUGGACCGAGGGAAAUUGUGGCGUCGACCUCACGGAGCUCGACGGAUUCUUCAAAGCGAUGAAGAAGCCACUUCGUGCUCGUGUCACGCCUCACACGUGCAUGCAGCAAAUGUAAUAAUCAGGGAGUUUGUUUAAACUCGUUAAAUAAUGGACAUGAUCGGGGCACACGCGAGUUGUACGCCGCUGCUAUUUUUCUUUCGGAUACGUUCAUGCGCAAUGCCAUGAGUAUGUUGUAUGUUUGUUGUCCGCGCCUAACUAUGGUUCUCCAAUAAUGGACAUAUGUUUUUAUAUAUUUUUAUAAAGUA